AUGAAUUUUCACAUGAUUUGUCAACGCAACCAGCAUUAGUUGAAUUAACUGUGCAAGUUGAUAAAAAUGCAACACAUAAAUCAUGUGUAUUGUUAGUAGAUGGAGCAUUAGCACAAGUUUUAUCUUUGCAACUGGAACUAGCGAUAUCCCAAAAACAGGUAGCACUAAAAGAAUUCUUUACGCAUGCUGCCUCUAAUGAAAUUAAAGCACAUGUGGUAUUUACAACACAUCCUCCUCCAGAUUUUGUUAUACAAUUGCUUCCAGGUAAAUAUGCAUCACAUGCAUCAUUUGUUGUCAAUGUUAUUGGGGCAUUGGUGCAGGUUCUAUUUUGACAUCCUCCUCCUGUUUUAACUGUACAAGUUCCUAAGUAUGAUGUACAUAAUUCAUGAGUAUUAUUAGUAGUUGGUGCAUUAGCACAAGUCUUUUCUUUGCAUGUUGUAUCCCAAAUACAAUCAACAUUACUAGAAUUUUUAACACAUGCAACUUAAAUGUUAGCAACUGAACAGGCUCC